AUGCAUUUUUUCAAAACUCAAUUGGGACCUGCAUAUGAAAACAAACAAGUUUCAGAAAAUGUUUAUUUCGAAUUGGUACCAUUCGGACACGGUAAGGUUGAAGAAAAUCCAUUUAAGGUGACAUGUCAACACGGGGUCAAAGAAUGUAUGGGUAAUGCAAUGCAUGCUUGUUUCUUUGCAAGACAUAAUAAUAAUGAAGAACAAGUUAAAUUUGGCGUUUGUACAAUGUCGACAAAAAAUCCACCAACUUCCGGUGAAAUGUGUGCAAAAGAAUUAAAUUAUUCAUACGAUGGUGUCGACGUUUGUACAAAUGGAAAAGAAAGCGAAAUGUACCAAAUUAAAAAUGGCCGAAGAACUCUUGAUUUUAAACCUAAACUUAAAGUCGUGCCAACGGUAUACAAUGCAGAAGAUCAAAAAAAUUCAUUGAAUGAUUUAAAACAAGUUAUUUUAUCAAAACUUAAUAACAAUUAUUAA